AUGCCUUCGAUACCGGAGACACUAACGAACCGUUCUCGAUUAAGUGUAUUAUCGGUACCGAAAAUUCUAAAAAGUGUUAAUAGUGACGAUAAGUAUCUUAAAACUAUUAAUAAGGGAGUUAUAAGCCUACUAAAGGACUUUAUUACUACGCACCGCGUAUAUAAGUCUACGUAUAGCCUACCUAGUGAGACUAAGAAGGAUAAGAGUAAAAGGGUCGUUAACAAUUAUAUCCGAACCCUCUUCCGCGUCCCCGUCUUAAUACGAUAUAGGCGAAAUAGCACUAUUAUCUUACCGAAUCGGGGUAGCGUCUUUAGUUUAGAGACGAAGGAUUUGUUCUAUAGACUAAAGGAUGUCUAUUUUACGUAUUUUAAUCCUAUAGUCCCCGCCGGUAGUACUCUUUAG